AUGCUUGUGGAGGAGCCGCAAGAAAAUGAGUUGAAUCUCGAAAGAAUCGACAUGGAGAUUCGAAUGGAGAAAAUCCGUCAAAAUGCGUCGAAACUCACCUGGGACGGAUUCGGCCAGGCUGUUCGACGAAAUCUCUUGGAAAAACGUGUAACCUUCGACGCAGAAGGCCGGCUAGAUGUUCUUCAAGCGAUUUCAUUUAUGAGAAAGAAAAUGCCAGUUGAUGACAACGCGACGAUUGCAGCGAAAAUGAAACAACUCGCUGAUAGUCUUGAAUGCUCGCUGACUGCUCAACCAGACGGUUAUUUUUUGCGCAACAAUGAUGUGACUAUUGAAGUCACUUGUAUUGAGGAAAAAAUAAUUGGAUGUAAAUUGGGAUAUUGGGAUGAGCCAUUGUUUGAUGCUGAAGAAGUUGUGAAAUUAUUAAGGAAUGGCGAUUUUGGUCAAUUUCGGAAUGCGGUUUUCGGGAUUAUUGGUUUGAUUCCAGCCAAUGUUAAUGCGUAA